UCUUGACUUUGCUCUUAAUUCUUAUGUAUAUAAAUGAUUGCCGGGUGGCCGAGAGCAGAGUAGUUUAUCAACAGAUUCGGACGAGUCAAGUGGUCAGUUAGCGCGCGAAUAUUGAAUAACGUGGUUUGUGAUCGGACGAGUAAGAAUGAAAGCAACCUGUGCAGUGCUAUUAGUGGCUCUGAUCGGUUCGGCCAUUGCCUUCCCCCAGGCUCUGGAACCGGUGCCCCAACCUCAGGAUGGCACUAUCCUACUGCAACGUCCACAAGAACCCGCCCCUGAAAAACUGCAGCAGGAUGCUCCAGUUGCACCACAGGAAGCCGUCGCCGAACAGCAAAAUGAGGUUCCCGUUGCUGCACUAGCCGUCGAUCCAGUUCAGCUUGCCGAGGCCAAUGAUCAGCCGUCGGAGGUCACCGGUGAACAGGAAUCCGUCCGCGCCAAGCGUCAGUUCGGCUUCGGUGGAGUCGGAGUUGGCGUUGGUGUAGGACUUAUUGGCGGUGGUGGUGGAUUCGGUGGUCCAGGAUUCUAUGGAGGAUACCCCGGAUAUGGAGGCUAUGGCCAUGGAGGAUAUGGUGGUUAUGGCGGUUAUGGUGGAUACAGAUAUGGUGGCUAUGGAGGAUAUGGAGGAUAUGGAGGAUACGGAUACGGCCACCGUCACCAUCAUCAUCACCACCAUGGAUAAGUUACCGGUGUGUCUUCUUGGGCCACAUUACUGAAUGAGAUUGUGAUAAUUUAUUUAUAAUAAAUGAAUGAAACUGAA